AUGAAUGUCCCUUUCUUCCGGGAUCUGAAAUCGGACCUUCGGCUGGAACAAAAUCCUUUUGUUGUCCAUCGCGUGAACAUUCUCUGUCAACUCGUGUUCGCUGCCAUCCUACAGAAGCGCGUGUUGCUUGCCAAUGUAAUGGCAAGGUUUCGGACACAGAAGCGAGAUUUUCGUCAGAUGGGCGCGCGGGGUGAGAAUGGCGAGUACUCAGUACGCGGAAGGUAUUCACAGUCAGGGCCGAUGGGUUUUUCGCUGGGCCUUACGAUUAUCCUUGCCUGGAUAGCACUGGGUUGGCCUUCGGUUGCAGCCAAGUCUGCUUCCAACAUCUCUCCGAUACGAAACUUUGAGCCUUCCUUGGCAGCAUCAUCAGCUCAAGGAACCACAAUCUCUGUUUCGUAUCCACGUGAUGGUUCCAGACAACAAACAGGCAUAGUGGUUGUCUUCCGGUCUCCGUACAAAGGGGGAUCCGUGCGCAAAAAAUCCGCGAAAACCGAUUGGACGUUGAUCGACGGCAUUCGAGUACGACCGACAUCAUCGGAUACGGCAACCAAUUCCGAGUCUUCCCAUCGAUGGACUCUCCUGUCCGACGCUCUCUGUUGCAUGACGGGCCUCGCUUCGGACGUGGAUUAUCUGUCCCGCUGCAUCCAAAAACAGGUCGACACGCAUCGGGUUGUCUACGAAGGAACACGAGUAUUUUCGGCUCUACAAUUGGAGGCCACGAAAGGGAGCAGCGGCGGCCGUCCCUACGGUGUACAAGCCUUGAUUGUGGGUACGUCUCCAACGCGUGACGCGCUGCAAAUGUAUACGGUGGAUCCGAGUGGAGGCUUUCGGCACUGGGGAACCGGAACCGCCAUUGGUCGCGGUGCGGCGUUGGUUCGUAAGCACGUGUACCGACAAAACAUCACAAAUCAAACUCCUCCGACCUGUGCGAAAGAAGCUUUGGAAGUCGCCCUCCGAGCUUCGUUUUCCGCGAACAAGGAGCUUUUCGAUGCCAACGCCGAUGACCCGUACCAAGCAUUGUUGGUCUGGACUGACGAGCAGGGUCGAUUUCGUGUGGGAUCGAUUGACGAAAGCGUAAUUGACGAAUUUCGUGAACGUAUUUCGAUAGACAACUCGGGAUCGAGUGCAUAAAAACGGAACCCGGUCGCGGAGACUGUUUCCUUAGUGUCGAAGCUACUUGGGGACUACAGGUUCCGAAACGCUAGCCGUUAUGGCUGGUGUAGACCCCCGUCGCAAUCCUUAUUUUAUGUGUAGAGAGCAGUGUUUAAAUACAUCGACAACCAAUUUUCGUU